AUUCAAAUCCCUCAUUCCUGCUGCAUAUAUAUCCCCCUCAACUUUGCAAACACACCCUUUUCUUAAACACUUGAAAAAAAAAUGAGUCCAGAUAUACUAUUUGAAGAUGUUUUGAUGAAGAUUGUCAUGUUUGUGGUUGUUCAAGCGCUCGUUUAUCUCAUCCUUUCCAAGUCAUCCAACAUUUUCUCCGACGACAAGAAGAAGAGAUCACUCAGCUUCAAGCCUGCUCGUUCUGUUAGCAUUCGCCGGAUGCUGGCUGCCAUCUCUGACUUACCUCAGGGCAGUGAGCCAUCGCCGUUGGCCUCAGCUACAAGAUCACCAUCGGCACAAGAGUAUCCCAUAUUCGAGGAAAAUCAAUCUUAAAUUGAUUUGGUUGUUCUUCUCCAUAGUUUGUGUGAAAAGAUAUUCUUUCGUUCUUCAAUUCGAAAUGUUUAAUGUGUAAUUUAAUAUGAGGUUUGUAACUAUAUAGAAUGAUAUUUGUAAUUUUAUGCACAAUUAAUUAGUUGAUUUUUCCUUAGCACUCCAUGGAUGUUCUUCUACCAUGUCCAAGCUAAUUCUUAGGUUU